GAGGAGGAGGAGGAGGAGGGACGCUGACAUCACCGCCGGAGCGCGGCUCGGCGGGGCCGGGAGCCGGCUCCGCUCCGCUCCCGUUCGCCGCUCCCGCCGGUGGAGCCACCGCGCCCGCAGAGAGAGGGAGGUCCCCAGCACCGUGUGGAUGAGGCCAGGCUGAGAAGAGGACUCACAUUUGUACCCUCUACCCCAACUAGCCUCAUUCUCUCCCCUCCAUUUGCCCCGGUGAAGAAACAGCUCCUUACCCACACCUGAGCCAGCCCUGAUGAGUCCCAGGCAUUGGCGUGGCUCCACAGCAAUUCUGGGGUUGGAGGGUCAGGAGCUGCUCUCCAUCUCGGACAUCUUCCAACACUGAGAUUUCCAUUCUGCGUGUGCAGGGAGAGAGGAGCACUCCCAACCCCUCCGCACUGCCCGAGCCCAGCCACUCCUGCCCUGUGCGGGCGCCCCGGGCCCCCAAUGCCCGGCUGGAUCGGGGCAGUGUGACCCACGCCACGCUGCCUGGCUGGAUCAGGGCAGUGUGACCCACGCCACGCUGCCACCAUGGCCUCCUCGGACGGGCUGCAGUACCGGGCUCUCUACGAGUACCAGAAGGACCGGGAGGAGGACCUGGCGCUGUGCCCCGGGGACGUGCUGACGGUCAGCAGGGCCGGGCUGCUCAGCAGCCCCAGCUACAAGGACGGGGACGAGCGCAACCCCCAGGGUUGGCUGCACGGCAUCAACGAGCGCACCAAGGAGCGCGGAGACUUCCCCGGCACCUACGUGGAGUACCUGGGUCCCGCACGCAUCGCCACCACCACCACCAAGGCCAGGCCACGGCCCUUGCCCCUGCCACCCGCUGGGACCCCCACACCCUGGGGGCUCCCUGGGCAGGCAGAGCUCGCCGAGCAUCCCACCCUCCCCGAGCAGGCACUGCCGACUGUGGCCAGGCUCAUCGAGGCGCUGGAAAAACAAGGUCUCGACAGUGAAGUGCUCUACAGAUCCGGCCCCAGUGCCCUGGGGGAUGCUGAGCUGAAGCAGGCCCUGCUGACAGACGCCUCGGCUGUGGACAUGGACCUGUAUGAGGCCCAGACACUGGCAGAUGCCCUGAAGUGGUACCUCCAGGAGCUCCCGUCGCCCCUCAUCCCUCCAGCUCUCUACAGUGACUUGGUCCACAUGGCUCAAGAGACCCCAAGCCUGGAGGAAUGUGGCCAGCGAGCCAGAGCCCUGCUGGCCCCCCCAGCCCUGCCACAGCCCCAGGCACUGCUCCUGCGCCAGCUCGCCCGCCACUUCUGCCACCUCUGCCAGGGCACCCACCGGAGCCGCUUCUCACCCCGGCUCCUCGGGGAGCUUUUUGGGGAAGUGCUUCUCCGCCCUGUGGCAGCCAGCACCGAGGCAAGCCCUGAGCUCCGUGCAAGGAUCCUCGAGUCCUUCAUCAUGGCCAGCGAGAUGGCAGAGCUGCCGGCAGCUCCCGCUCUUCCUCCAAAGCCCCCCAAACCAAUGACUCCAGUCAAUACGAACGGAAUAAAGGACAAUUCCAGCUUCUCUCUGCAGGAAGCAGAAUGGUACUGGGGGGACAUCUCAAGGGAAGAAGUAAAUGACAAAUUACGAGACAUGCCAGACGGAACAUUCCUGGUGCGCGACGCAUCAACCAAGAUGCAGGGAGACUACACCCUGACCUUACGGAAGGGUGGCAACAAUAAGCUGAUAAAGAUCUAUCAUCGGGAUGGAAAGUAUGGCUUCUCCGACCCGCUGACAUUUAAUUCAGUUGUGGAACUCAUUAACCACUACCGCAACGAGUCUCUCGCUCAGUACAACCCCAAGCUCGAUGUGAAGUUGAUGUAUCCAGUGUCCCGGUACCAGCAGGAUCAGUUGGUGAAAGAAGAUAAUAUAGAUGCAGUAGGUAAAAAACUUCAAGAAUACCAUGCUCAGUAUCAGGAAAAGAGCAAAGAGUACGACAAAUUGUAUGAAGAAUAUACCAGAACAUCACAGGAAAUCCAGAUGAAGAGGACUGCAAUCGAAGCAUUUAAUGAAACUAUUAAGAUAUUUGAGGAGCAGUGCCACUCACAAGAGCGAUACAGCAAAGAGUACAUUGAGCGAUUCCGCAGGGAGGGGAAUGACAAAGAGAUUGAACGGAUAAUGAUGAACUAUGAAAAAUUAAAAUCCCGCCUGGGUGAGAUCCAUGACAGUAAAAUGCGCCUGGAACAAGACUUGAAGAAACAAGCUCUGGACAACAGGGAGACUGAUAAGAAAAUGAACAGCAUCAAACCUGACCUAAUUCAGCUCCGCAAAAUCAGAGAUCAGUAUCUUGUAUGGCUCAAUCACAAAGGGGUGAGACAGAAGCGAAUAAACGACUGGCUGGGGAUCAAAAAUGAAAAUAUUGAUGACACAUACUUUAUGAAUGAAGAAGAUGAAAACCUGCCACAUCAUGAUGAGAAAACUUGGUUUGUUGGAGAUCUCAACCGUAUCCAAGCAGAAGACUUGCUCUGUGGGAAACCUGAUGGAGCAUUUUUAAUUCGUGAGAGUAGCAAGAAAGGAUGUUACGCUUGUUCUGUGGUAGCUGAUGGAGAGGUGAAACACUGUGUGAUCUACAGCACUCCGAGAGGUUACGGGUUUGCAGAACCGUACAACCUGUACAGCACACUUAAGGAUUUGGUUCUUCAUUACCAGCAGACAUCCCUUGUCCAACACAAUGAUUCCCUAAAUGUCAGGCUUGCCUAUCCUGUCUACGCACAGAUGCCCCCCUCUCUCUGCAGCCCCUUCGCAGAGAGCGGGAGCCAUCAGCAGUGUUCUUGCAUGCCUGGCUGCUUCCCCUGCCAUCAGGGAAAACCACGUUUGGUGAUGCUGAUCCCGGUGCUGGGGGCUGAGGGGUGGGGGCUGCAGCACUGAGCAGCCUUCCCAAAGACCCGGCUCGGCUGUAUCCAUUCGCCUGGAUUUUGCAGGAGUUGGGGAAAUCACUGUUCGCUUUCCGAAUUCCUUCAUGAGCACCAGGCACUGAAUCCACUGAAAAAUCAGUGAGUUUGGGGGUAAUGCUGCUCCAUCUUCUUUCAUUCCAAGCACAGGUGAUGGCAGGAGGGCAAACUGUGGGGGAUGUUUUGCCCCUUAAACGUGGGGGUUGGUUGGGAUGCCAGAGCAGCAUCCUUGGAAAAUUAGGGCAGGGGCAGUUGCUGUGUCUGUGCGGGGCUCAGUGUUUUUGCAGCCCCGUGAGUCGGCGUUUUCGCAGACUGCUGAGCAACAUUUUUCCAGCCUCCUGAGUCAACCAUUUAAAAAAAUGCUGCAUCAGCAUUUCUCACACUGCCAAGUAAGCCUUUUCAGCUGCUGAGUCAGCAUUCCCUCCAUCACUCACGCCACAGGACCCUCCACCAUCAGGCAGGGAGCACCCAAAAAAGCAGAAGAGUCCCUGAUGGUGCAGGAGAGCAUGGACCCUGAGGACUUGCUCAGGCAUCUGUCAUUUACACCCGGCAAGGAGCUCAGCCCAUGUUACAGCACCUUGGGGUGCUCCUGCUCCCCUUGUCCUUCCUGGGAAGGGACACAAUGCUGGAGGGAUGCAGCCAUUCAGAGGCAUCACCCAGAGCAUCAGGAGCCACAUGGCUCCCAGUGGAUGAGCCAUGGGCACUCUGGGCUGAUGACUACUGCAUUGGCAGCACUGGGCACCCAAGUGGGAGGGGAGUGAAGGGAAAACAUCAGCGAGAAACUGGGAGGACUGCAAGGGGCUCCUGGGGCCUGGCUUCUUUCUAUUAUUAUUUAAUUUAUUUCCUUUUAAUAAAGACUAAUGAGGUAGAGUUGCA